AUGGCAGUCUUAUUCCUCCUCCUUCUGCUCCUCUGUGGGCCCUCCCAGGCUGCUGCUGAUAACAUCCAGGCCAUCUAUAUUGCCUUGGGGGAGGCAAUGGAGCUACCAUGUCCCUCACCACCUACCCUGCAUGGGGACGAACUCUUGUCCUGGUUUCGCAGCCCUGCAACAGGCUCCUCCACUACCCUGGUGACCCAAGUCCAAGUGGCCAGCCCAGCUCCAGACCCUGGGAAAUCUGGAAGGGAAUCCAGGUUCAAAUUGCUGGGGAACUACUCUUUGUGGCUAGACGGGGCAAAGGAGGGAGAUGCUGGGCGGUACUGGUGCACCGUGCUGGGUCAGCACCACAGGCACCAGAACUGGAGGGUGUAUGAUGUCUCCGUGCUCAGAGGAUCCCAGUUAUCUGCAAGAGCUGCAGAUGGAUCCCCCUGCUCUCUCCUUCUGUGCUCUGUGGUCCCUGCCAGACGCCUGGACUCUGUGACCUGGCUGGAGGGGAAGGGUCCUGUGAGGGGCCGUGCACAGUCCUUCUGGGGCGAUGGGGGUGCCCUGCUCUUGGUGUAUCAUGGGGAGGAGCUUCCUGAGCCCAGGGGCCGUAGACCAAGGGUCAUCCGCUGCAUCAUCCCUCAGAAGAAGGGGAUCAGCUUUAGCCUGGCAGCCUCCAUGGAUGCCUCCCCUGCCCUCUGUGCCCCUUCCACAGGCUUGGAUGUGCCCUGGAUCCUGGUGCUGUUGGUCACAGCAGGCCAGGGGUUUACCAUUCUGGUCCUCAGCAUCAUGCUCUGGAGGCAGAGGGUUCAGGGUGCUCAGUGCAGAGAUGCCUCAAUUCCUCAGUUCAAACCUGAAAUCCAGGUCUAUGAGAACAUUCACUUGGCCCGUCUCAGCCCCCCUGCCCCCAAGACAAGAUGA